AUGGGCAUUCCGAUGUGGCGCGAGCCUUCCGAGGCCGAUAACAAAAAGACCAGCCUCGAGAAAGAUUCCUCUGCUUCUGCGCGAUCCUCAAUCCGCCGUCAACCUACGAUCCGUCGCGCAUCGCGCCAUUCCUCCCGCGCGCGCGGCGGCGGCGUUUUAACCACUCUUCAGUCACAGCUCCUCGAUGAAAUUCACCGUGAUUACGGUAUCGGCCACCGACAAUCUGCAGUGCGAUCUCCUGUUUUGAAUCUCGGCGUCAGCGAAGAUGGAUUGGAUCUAGAUACCACCCGGCGCGAAGCCUUGAACCGGAGUUCCGCGCGUGCGAAUCCGCCACGUCGGGAUCACUCGAGUCGACGCUCUCGCAUCACUCGUGACGAAGCCCUGGCCAAUAUUCUCGCAAGCCCGGAUGAUUCCCAACCUGGGCGCAAUGGGGGCCCCUUCUUGACUCCAAAUUUUGCCCCUGCAAUUUACCAUUCAUCCCACCCAUCCAUCGAUGGCAUCCGCCUGCCUCCUCUCAUUCGCAGCAAUGGCCGAAGCCGUGAACCCACCGCCCACAUUCCAUCUGUUCUGUUGCGAGAUUACAGAACCGGAAAUGGACCUGUUCGACCCCGGGAAUCAGCUAUUGAUGGUCUUGGUGAUCGGCAACGCAGCCUGAGCCCUGAUGGCGAUCGCGAUGCCUGGGAGACUCUGCUCUCUACCAUCACUCCCGAUGUCAAUCUACCUUCCACCGACACCUCAUUCUCCUCCAAUUCCACCUCUACGACGAACGCACCGCUCACCGGGGCAUCUCGAAACUCUGCAAAUACCUCCCAAACACACCCGUCCUCCCUAGACACCAGCCUCACUAUGGCAUCCCUUGACCCGUAUCCCGACCAUCUUAACCCAUGUGAUUUUUCUUCGGACGAUGAGGAUACCCCUGUAAAUUACCAUAGGGUCUUGACUCCCUCGGGCCUUCAAAUGCCCCUUCGCCGUUCCGCCGGUCUCCACUCGACAAUCAGCGGACACCCCCCAAUUCCUACCAUCUCGUUUUCAUUCUCGGACAAUUCGAGUGAGUCUGAUCUCCAUCAGAUGCAGGCCAUCCUGGAUCGACUUGCUCGCCGAGAGGACAUUCCCGAUGAAUGGUGGGUAGGAGCCGGCCUUUCGCGCAACAUGGGCCGUGGCCUCAGCGCCAGCGCCGAGCCUAACGAGAAUGACCGUACUCGUUGA